GCAGCAGCGUUCAUGCUCGUCAUCGAAGAAAUCAUAGAGUUGCGUGCGGCCGGACACAAUAGGAAAAAGACGGCGUUCCACGCGAAAAGUCACCGAACGCAUCGAAGCGCGAACAACUUGCGGCACCGCCAGCAAAUUCCCUAGGCGAGGGCGGAUGUUCCCUAGGGGAUACAUGACAACAGCUGCUGGCGUCUUGACAGAAGUUCACGUGCUUCUGCCUCCCGCUAAUCUCCAGAGAGGCGGGCAUUGGUGUCGUCUGCUAGUUUACUCCGAGUGCUGGCAAAGUGCCCUUCGGGUUCAUCUCCCACGAAGAUCUCCUAAAAUCUUGAUGAUGCCCUGCCGGAGGUGCACUCGGGUGAAAUGAGCUUGAACGGCGGACGCACACACCAUGCUGGUGAGGUCACUGCUGCAACUUGGAAAAUGGAGGGGGUUCACGGGUCUGCCGACACACGAGACUUCCGUUGCAAGGCUGCAAACCACGAGGCAGUCGUCGUCGACGUCACUGAAGGAACGUCGGACACGUGAUCUGGUGGUUCCCGUACCUCACGGUUACUUGUUCGGCCGCCAAUGGGGUCCCGACGACGGACAGCCUGUUCUCGCUCUACACGGAUGGCAGGAUAAUGCGGCGAGCUUCGAGAGUCUAGUUCCCUUACUCAAGAGCGAGUUCCAGUUGGUGGCAGUUGACUUCUCCGGUCACGGUCUCUCCUCUCAUCUUCCAUCGAGCCACUGUUACUGCCGUGACCAGUACCUGGAUGAUGUCCGACGUACGGCCGACUACUUACAGUGGGAUACCUUCUCCAUCAUGGGCCACGACAUGGGAGCGGGUACGGGGUACUUCUUCGCCCUUCUCUUUCCCGAACGUGUUUCCCGGCUCAUCUCCAUCGAAGGGACGUUCCCGGCCUCGUACCCGCGAUCUGCGACGCGGCGCAACAACGACGAUCGUCGUCGCUACACAAAACAGGAAAUUCUGGACAUCUUCCGGUCCAGACACGUCUCUGCGGAAGCUGCGAGGGCAAUCAUGACCCGCGCUUUCACAACUACCGCCGAGGGGCACCACGUACGACAUGAUGACGUCAGAGUUCGUGAAGUUGAACCGGACAAUCUGUUUCCGGGUCUCUUUGACCGCAAGCUGUCACGUUUCCGAAACAGUCUCCUGGUGAUCAGCAAGGAGUUAGGCCUACUGAAUGCAGCUAGCACUAACGUGGCGGCUGCCGAGGCAUUGAUGAAGUGUCUAGGCGCGGAAAUGUGCGCGAAAUUCAAGUAUGUAAGUGUUGACGGAAGCCACCACGUGCAUUUGGAGGCACCCGAAAAAGUGGCACCUCAUGUGAAUGACUUUUUGUGUACGUGAUUGUUUGUUUGAUGGCAGUUGGCACAAGACAUUUGCGAUGCAAUAGCAAUAUCCCUCGCGUGCCCCUUGAUAACGCGGUCCGCCCCUGAGUGGGCCGUGUCUUUGAACGCGCGGCCGAUAACAAGGUCGUCGGGGCAGUUCCGCUUGCGGUGCUGUUCCGGGAAGAUCUUUUCAUAGAUCUUUCAGGUGCAAUGUUUUAAUUGCCCCGAAGAUUAUGUAAAUUAGUUCUUCUAUACAGCACAAUAAAAAAGUGCUAAAAUA